UGAUUGGCUGUGGGAGCAGAAUUCCAGUCAGAUGGUUUGUCCCGACGUCAUAUAUAAACUGAGCGCUGGUUGCGGCUACGGAUCUGUGAUUUUUCACCGUUCGCGCAGUACGCCGAUAAGACGCGUAGACCUCGAAAGCGGGGCUGUUCCCUCCUCAUCAGACACACUGACAUGGGUUCGAGCCUCCUCCUGCUGGCGCUGGCCGGACUGGCGGCCGCCUUCCCCACCGAGGACCCCGCCGACGGAGGGAAGCACUGGGUGGUGAUCGUGGCCGGCUCCAACGGCUGGUACAACUACAGGCACCAGGCCGACGCCUGCCAUGCCUACCAGAUCGUGCACCGGAACGGGAUCCCGGACGAGCAGAUCGUGGUGAUGAUGUACGACGACCUGGCGCAGAACGAAGCAAACCCCACCCCCGGAGUAAUCAUCAACCGCCCCAACGGCUCCGAUGUGUAUGCCGGCGUUCCCAAAGAUUACACCGGAGAUGAUGUGACUCCAGAGAACUUCCUGGCGGUCCUGAAGGGCGACUCCAAAGGCGUGAAGGGGGGUUCUGGGAAAGUCCUGAAGAGCGGCCCCAAAGAUCACGUGUUCGUUUACUUCACCGACCACGGCGCUCCUGGGAUCCUGGCGUUCCCAAACGAUGAUCUUCAUGAGGAAGACCUCCUGAACACCAUCCAGUUCAUGCACAAGAACAAGAAGUACAGAAAGAUGGUGUUCUACAUCGAGGCCUGUGAGUCCGGGUCCAUGAUGGAGCAUCUGCCGGAAGACAUCAACGUUUACGCCACCACGGCCGCCAACGACCACGAGUCCUCCUACGCCUGCUACUACGACGAGAAGAGGGACACCUACUUGGGGGACUGGUACAGCGUGAACUGGAUGGAGGAUUCUGAUGCGGAGGAUCUGAGCAAAGAGACGCUGCUGAAGCAGUUCAAGAUCGUGAAGAGCCACACGAACACCAGCCACGUGCAGCAGUACGGCAACAAGACCAUGGCCCACAUGAAGGUCAUAGUGUUCCAGGGUAAUCCCAAAACCUACGCCGCCCCCGCCCCCGGGGUCAGCCGUCCGCCGCUCCACAACCUGGAUCUGACCCCGAGCCCCGACGUUCCGCUCGCCAUCCUCAAGAGGAAGAUGAUGUCCACCAACGACGUCAGAGCUGCCCGCCACCUGCUGAUGGAGAUCGACAGCCACCUCAAAGUCAGGCAGACGCUGGCGGACAGCGUGCGCCGCAUCGUGGAGAAGGUGAUGGGCAGCAAGGUGAAGGCCGCCAAGCUCCUGAACCAGAGGGCCGAGCUGACGCAGCGCGGCUGCUACAAGGCGGCGGUGCAGCACUUCAAGCAGCACUGCUUCAACUGGCACCGCACGCAGUACGAGUACGCCCUCCGUCAUCUGUUUGCUCUGCUGAACCUGUGCGAGAGCGGAUACCCUGCAGCCAGCAUCCAGGCAGCCAUGGACUCUGUGUGUCCCUUCAGCCACUGAUAGGAGCUUCCCCGUGGAAAGAGCUGCUCUUUGCGCCGCCUUACAAUCAUUUCUGGAUGUGGGUUUCCAUGGUAACGCAGCGUUCUGGGCUGCAGAUCGGCUGGACGUCGAUCAAGCAGCUUCUUCAGAAGGUCCAGAACUGAAGAAGCUGAAAAACGUCUCCUACAGAACUUCAUCGUGACAAAAAUGAAUGAGAAAACACAACAUUAACACUUUUUUAAAUUGUUUUUAUCCGUUUGACGGGGAGUUUGUAUUUUUGAUGAGUUGCACUUUCACUGUGAAGAGUUUUUGGACUUUUUUGAUUUUAUUGUUUUAGCAGAAGAUUGUGUAAUGACUUCUUACUGGCUUUAAUGCAAAAAACUAAACAAUGAAUGUGUUUCUGAGUCUUCUGCGAUGCAGAAAUCUGCAAAUAAAUUCUGACAAACCAAAACUGAGUCUUGCACUCAA